AUGGAAAAUAUGAGUAAUUCCACCAACCAAGUGAGCAAACUCACUCUUGAGGAGAACUACGCUGCAGGAUCCGAAGCUUUGGAUACCCUUAUCGAGAUCACCAGUGCUUUCAUAGUAGUUGGUCAAUUCGCAUUCCCAGAAGUCGAGGCAGCAUUAGGUGCCGUUGUUGCAGUGGGAGGUGUGGUGAAGGCAUUGACUUCUGUCAUUUCACCUGAUGAUGACCCAGUUAUCAAGAAGCUAGGGGAGCUGGAGACAAAGAUUGAUACACUAGCCGAUAAAAUGAAUGCCAAGUUUGCCGACCUGAAAGCGUUCAUGACUGAAAUCAAAUUUGAUGAGGAUAUCUCUCAACCCACUUUCAAAUUGAUGGAUUAUUUAAAGGACUGCUUGGAGCACCCAGCUGCAAAAGGAGUUGAAAAUUUCUUAGAGUCUUAUAAAACUCAUAAACCCUUGGAUUUAUUGAAAACAAUAAUGGGAGAAAUGGAAAAGGACACAACUAAUCCUUUAAAAAUGGCUAUGAGUGCAGAUAUUUUGAAGACUAGUACAACUUUCGAGAAAUGGCAGAAAUUGAUUAGUGGAGUGCUUGGACAAUUUUUGUUUCUGGAAGCCUAUGCAAACGGGCUGCAAGAUAGUAAAGACACGUACGACUCCGAUAGAAUGAGGGAGAAGUCUAAAGCACUUCUUGGCAAGAUUGAUCAAUGGAAGCAAGACUAUAUUAAGGAAAAUGCAUACUGGAGUGGGCUGAAAACCUACAUAGGUCAGUUUCAAGAUGACACUUCUAGUCUGAGCAAUACGGAUAGAGCUGAUAAGUUAAAAGACCUUUUGGAUACCUGCUUAACGACUGACGCCCUCUAUCUAACCAUCUCGGUCACGUCGCCACGAGUCAACGACUUUGGGAUCCACAAUGUAGUGGAGGAUCAGCUCAUUGAGUCCUACGAACGUGGCAACUGCAAUAUUUUUAUUUAUCGAAGUUUGAAGGCUAAUAUCUCAAUGACGGAAGAAAACUACCAGCAAACACAUGACGAUGUGAAAGCAUGUAUGGAAGGGAGACUUGUCGCAAGACACGGAUUCUUGGACUAUCCAAAAGAGUUAUUUGACAACCCGAUCCGUAACUGUGGGAUGAUUGCUAUGAUUAUGAUACAGAGGGAUCCAGAAACUAGAUCUUGCAAUUGCCCGGGACAUCAGUGGGGACCCGGAUGGUGGGAGACUUGCAAGAUUGGAGAGACUCGAUUUGAUGGGCCGUAUGAUUUUAGGGUGAUCGCUGGGCUAUUGUGA